AUGCCGCCACAUGGCGGCAGUGGCGGAGUCCCUGCACUAGGCGGGAGUGGUUUCCCUGCGUUAGGGCAGAUACCUCAACGACAAGAUGGACGCUUUCUCGUCAUUAGGCGCACGGAUGAAGGACAAUCGUUGGAGAAAGUCUCACCUUUCCUGAUCGACAAAGUCAUCAGAAACUGCUGUGGUGACGUAUCCAAUGUCAAAAGAAUCCGAGAUGGGCAAAUAUUAGUGCAAACGAAGACGGAAAAACAAGCGAACAGCCUCAAACAACUGAAGAAUAUGACCAGCGAAAUAAACGUAGAAGUUACCGAACACGUGUCUCUAAAUACCUGCAGAGUUGUGAUAACUUGUCAAGACCUUUUUUAUGUGGAAGAUGGUGAAAUUCUGGAAGAGAUGCGAGAUCAAACUGUCACGAAAGUGGAUCGAAUCAUGAGAAAACAAGAUGGAAAGCUAGUCAAAACCGCAACAUUUAUACUGACUAUCGGAUCAGCAAAGAUGCCCUCAGAAGUGAAAGUUGGGUUCCGCAAAGUAGCAGCACGUCCAUACUACCCACGCCCGUUAAGAUGCUUCCAGUGUCUUCAAUUUGGGCAUCUCGGUAAACACUGUAAACAGGAAAGAAUUUGCGCAAACUGCAGCGAAAAACACCACGCAGACAAAUGUGACCGACCUUCAAAAUGCGCGAACUGUGAACAAGCCCAUUCAACUAUAAGUGUCAAUUGUCCCGUCUGGAUAAAGGAAAACGAAGUCGUACGAGUAAAAAUUGAUCGUGGAUUGUCACACUGGGAAGCUAAGAAAAUUGUGGAUCAGGCGACAGGACAAAAUGCAAGCUACGCAGAGAGAGUCGGGAUCAACGUACGAACUUGCAACUGCAAAUGCUCGUGUGGUGUACCGAGCUCCCGCCCAAUUCAGAUAGUAGAUCAGAAACCAACGCAAACAAAUAAUCCAACCCAAACUUCAAAAGAAGACACUAUCAUCAGACCAAGCACCAGUAAACAGCAACGCUCACCAACUCACGAGACCAACGAUACCGGCAUAAAAAACCCAAAUUCACCCACCCCACAACCAAAACGAAUUAAGAAAAGCAACGAAAUUUACAUCAGUAGUGACGAAAAAUCCAACAACGUUCGACCAAAAAGAAAACCAGGAAGACCUAAAAAAAAGCAGCCGCCAGAAGCAACAACUUGCGCAUCGGAAGCCGAGAGAGAAAGUGACAUGGAGAUUUGA